ACGACGAUAGCAUUGAGUCAGUGGUCUGGUUCCGUUCCGUGGCUGUCUUCUUUGUUUUUCAUCGUUUUCUUCUCGUCGUUAAAGCUCUUCUCAAAGCGGCAGCCAUGGCGGUUCUUCAUCCUUCCUCCUCUAGAUCUUAUCAUAUCCUCUCUAAUGCCUACCACACUAGCUUCCAUCACCAUCAUCAUCAUAACCAUCACCAUCAUCAUCACCCUUCGCUUGUGAUAUUCUGGUGCCUCGUGAUUUCUCUGUUGUCUCCUCUCGCUGUCUCCUCUUCAUCCUCCUCCUCCUCCUCUUCUUCCUCUGCCUCGUCCUCGUCGUCGUCUGCUUCCCAAAUCUCCCUCGGAAUCGGUGAAACAGAAGGGACGAAGCAAGAUCUGCAUCUGUCGAUCCUUAGGGACGAAUCUGUGGCAAGGUUACACGAGCUUGGACAGGUGAGUGAUGCAGCUACUCAUUUAGAGAGGACUUUCAUGAGUCCAGCAUCCAUAAGGGGAAUAAAACUUCUUCGUGAAUGGAUGGAAGAUGCCGGUUUAUCAACAUGGGUUGAUAACAUGGGGAAUGUACAUGGUCGAGUGGAACCAAAGAAUGGAAGCACCCCGGCUCUUCUUAUUGGUUCUCAUAUGGACACUGUUAUUGAUGCUGGUAAAUACGAUGGCUCAUUAGGCAUAAUCUCUGCUAUCUCUGCAUUGAAGGUUCUGAAAGUAAAUGGGAAGUUAGGAGAACUAAAGCGACCUGUUGAGGUGAUUGCGUUUAGUGAUGAGGAAGGUGUGAGAUUCCAGUGUACUUUCCUAGGCAGUGCUGCUCUGGCUGGUAUCAUGCCAGUUUCUCGGUUGGAGAUUACUGAUAAAAGUGGUAUUACUGUGCAAGAUGCUUUAAAAGAGAACUCCAUAGACAUAACAGAGGAAAAUCUUACGCAGCUCAAAUAUGAUCCUGCUUCUGUUUGGGGCUAUGUAGAGGUUCACAUUGAGCAAGGGCCCGUGCUUGAAUAUGUUGGUUAUCCACUAGGAGUAGUAAAAGGUAUUGCAGGACAGACUAGACUCAAGGUUACUGUAAAAGGCUCUCAAGGACAUGCUGGAACAGUUCCAAUGUCACUGCGUCAAGACCCUAUGACUGGUGCUGCGGAACUCAUUGUACUAAUGGAGAGUGUUUGCAAAAACCCUAAAGAGUACUUAACUUGUGAUGGCCAAUGCAACGAGGAGACAAUAGAAUCUCUUGCUAAUUCACUUGUCUGUACUGUUGGAGAAAUUUCUACUUGGCCAAGUGCUAGCAAUGUCAUCCCAGGACAGGUAGCUUUCACUGUGGAUUUACGUACAAUAGAUGACGUAGGACGCAAUGCUAUUCUCCAUGACUUAUCAACUAGGAUGUAUCAAAUAUGUGACAAAAGAUCGCUUUUGUGCUCCAUUGAACGAAAGCACGAUGCAGAUGCAGUAAUAUCAGAUCCGCACUUGAGUUUACAGCUGAAAUCAGCAGCUCAGAGUGCCCUUAAGAAGAUCACAGGAGAGGUCCAAGACGAGGUCCCUGUGCUAAUGAGUGGAGCAGGACAUGAUGCUAUGGCUAUGUCUUACUUAACUAAGGUGGGAAUGUUAUUCGUCCGGUGUCGUGGAGGAAUAAGUCAUUCUCCGGCAGAACAUGUACUGGAUGAUGAUGUUGGUGCAGCCGGUUUAGCCAUCUUGGAGUUUCUAGAGUCUCAGUUGUAAUUGAUUUUCAUAAGAAUGAAAAAAAAAAUAUGAGAAACAAAGUGGAGUCUUGUGUCAUAGAGUUUCCAUGAAUGUAUAGUGUCAUUUGUUGUCUUAUUUGUCUUUGUUUGGUACAAUGCAUUUGUAUAGAAUUAAAUCCGAUUUACUUUAAAUGUGUGAACAUUGUUACCUA